GCCGGGCUGGAAACAUUAGAAGGGACCGAGGCAGCGAGAUGUCUAAAAUAGGAAGACGCCGGGACGAUUGGCCUGGCUGCCGGCGACGCUGGCUGCGGGGAUCUGGCCAGGGCUGUGCAGAUGGAAAAGCUAAGAGACACUUCCUGCAGCGCGGGGGAUGCACAACUGACUCAUCCAUCCAUUCAGUUAGUCAUUAACUUUUUUCUGAGCAUCUACUCCUUGCCAGACACCGCUAGGUGCUGGGUUAACAGCGGGGAGCAACGGCGUCUGGCCUCCUGGAGCGCACAGGAGACACCGAUGCCCUCUUUCCGUGCGUAUAGCCACCUACGAACCCUGGGAACAACAGCUCUGUGUCCAGACUUCCAGCCUCACCUGGUCCCUCCAGGACCCAGGCCCCUUGGAUUCUUCAGGACAGGCCGGCCCGGUCAUUCUCAGCAUCGCCUCUGCGGGCCCUGGAAGCUGAAGUCGCGAAUGUACUCGCCACUUCUCCCUCGCCUCCCAUCUUUCAAGGUGCUGUUGAAAUCUUUUUUCUUCCUGUGUCUCCUGUCCCGGCUUCUUCGUCAUUACGGACCAGGAGUCGCCAGGAACCUUCGGGGCCCGCAUCUGGCCCAGCCUGCAUGGCCCCAUCCAGCUGGAUGCUCCCGAGGGCCCAGAGCCUUGGCCAAGUCUCAGCUCUCUUCUCGCUCUCUUGGCCUGGGUCCCAGCCUGACGGUUCACACUGCCGGCUUGCCUGAGUUCCCAUGAAAAGUGGCCUCCACCCCUAGCCCCCUGCCUGGGGCCAGAUUACAACUUGCUGAGACAAUGGAGGCUCCAAGCCAAACUUCCAACAGGCCUGCCGUUAAACCCCCCACAGCAUCUGCCCGUAGAUCUGGGGACAGAUGCUGGCAGCCUUAGCCAUGGCUCUCUCACCAUAGGUAUGCCCGGGCCUUUGCAAGGGUGUAGUGGAGGGAGCUUACCCCUGAAGUCAGGACACCUGGGUUUGAAUCCCAGCCCUGCCCCUUUCUAGCUGCCUGGAGAUGGGGCGAACGAGCACCCCCUCAAGCCUCAGUUUCCUUGUCUACAAAAUGGGUACAAUAAAGCUCACCUCACAGGCUAUGCUGUCAAAGAAGAGUCCUGACCUUCACUUGUGUUUCUCGAAGCUGGGGGUAACAGAACUGGAGACCAGAGCUCUCCUGGUAGAUUUCUUCUCCCAGAAUCACCACGAACCUGCCCUCCUUGUACAGCUUGAGGGGAGGGGCGUUAUCAGACCCCCAGCGCAGGUUCUAGACGGCACCUCACUCGGAAAACCACCUCCGAAUCAACAGCCCAGGUGAAUGCCGUAGAGUGGACGAAGCAAGCUGAAGGUGUGGUGAGUGAGGAGGGAGGCAACCGAGGACAGAGGACAAGGCACUGGGCCGGGGUCAGAAACGCUGGGCCUGCUCCUUCCUCAAGACUGUCCCCUCCCGCCUCUCUCUGCCCAGCACCCUCCAGACCCGGGCUCAGGGACAAUUAAAGGUGCAACAUAUGUGUCCUGGGAACACCAGAAGGAGAGAAAGAGAGCAGAAGACAUUUCGGAAGUAAUAAUGGCUGAGAAUUUUCCAAAAUUAAUGACAGCCUCUCCCUGCCUCCCCCUCCAAAUGCAAAGUCCCUCCGGGGCGAGAGUCUGUCCGCUUGCACACAACAAUAACCAAAAAUGUUUAGGGUGACGUUUACUAAAUGUUAAAAAAAAAUUGUAUACACACACACAGACUUUUGCAGUUCCAAUUUGAACACAUAAAG